CUCCCUCCCUUCUCUUAAUACUUGCAGCCCAAAGUGAGUACUUCUUGAGGGCCUCUUUCCAGCCUUACAUUUCCGUGCACCAUCCUCGCCUGCCUGGACUAUGGCUCUGCUGUUCUUGAUCCUUGCUAUAUACACAGGAUCUGGCCUCUCAGAAUCUCAAACUGGAGUGCGGCUGGUGAGAGGCCCCCACCGUUGUGAAGGGCGAGUGGAGAUAGAACGGAUGGGCCACUGGGGCACUGUGUGUGAUGACGGCUGGGACAUGAAGGACGUGGGUGUACUAUGCCGGGAGCUAGGCUGUGGACCUGCCAAGGGAACUCCCAGUGGCUACUUAUAUAAACCAUCAGCAGGAAAUGAGCAAAGGGUCCUCACUCAACUGGUCAAUUGCACUGGAAUGGAAAAGAUGCUGUCUGAGUGCGAGCAAGAUGAAGAUGUUUUUGAUUGCUCACACGAAGAGGAUGCUGGGGCAUUAUGUGAGAACCCAGACAUCCCUUUAUCUCCAGUCCCAGAGAGUGUACGGCUUGUUGAUGGCCCUGGACGUUGUAAGGGGCGAGUGGAGAUACAAUACCAGGGAAAAUGGAACACUGUGUGCAAAACAGGCUGGAAUCUCAAAUCUGCGAAAGUGGUGUGCCGGCAGCUGGGGUGUGGCAGAGCCAUAAAUACACAAAAACCUUGCGACAAGUCUACCCAGGGCAAAGGACCGAUCUGGCAAAGUCGGAUAUCUUGCCUAGGACAAGAAGUAGUCCUUCAAGACUGCCAGUCCAGGCCUUGGGAGAAGAACAAUUGCACUCAUGCUGAGGAUACAUGGGUGGACUGUGAAGAUCCCCUUGAAUGGAAACUUGUGGGAGGACACAGCCGUUGCUCUGGAAGGCUACAGGUGCUACACCACGGAAUGUGGGGCUCAGUGUGUGAUGAUGGUUGGGGAGAACAGGAGGACCAGGUAGUGUGCAAACAGAUGGGCUGUGGGAAGCCCGUCUCUCCAUCCAUGAAAGAACGAAAAAUCUUUGGCCCUGGAGUUGGACGCAUCUGGCUGGACGAUGUUGAUUGUUCAGGGAAUGAACAGUCCCUGGAACUGUGCCGGCACAGGUUUUGGGGACGACAUGACUGCACCCAUGAGGAAGAUGUGGCUGUGAUCUGCUCAGCUUGGAAUGACACAAGUCUUUGGUCCAUGACUAAUUCUCUCAGGAUGAUCCAAGAGUUUCAGCAAGGCAGUAAGUGGGAGGAAGUUGGGAGGAGGAAAGUUCAACACGUGACCAAAAGUCAGGGGGGAAUACAAAAUCCUCACACAAGAUCAGGACCUACAGUUGAGUCAGCUGAGGCAGAACUCACAAGAGGGGAGACACGCUGCCCACCACCUCCAACAGCAUCUCACCAACCUCCUCACCCAUCAUGGCUGCAACAACUGCCAGGACCAGAGCCUUCAACACCAACUGGCCGAGAUGUGCAGGAUGUCAGAGUGCCUUGUACCAGCAGCUGA